AUGUUCGGUGCUUCUUUAGUACCUCGUUUUCUCUCAAUCGCGCUUACUGUUGGUCUCAUCGGAGCUGUGAUUGUUGCUCUUGCAAUUAUCGGGAGGGAAACACCAGCUGUGAAACCAGUUUUUGGGUCUGAUAUGCAUGUUAUUCUCGAUCUUCCUAUUGCUGCCUAUGAAUUGGACUUAUUCUUCAAUCCCCGAGCAACAUUAGCAGAUUUCAUUGAGAGUUUAAACACCGUAUUUAUGUCAGCUUUUCCAGACUCAUGUUUGAAAGUUGUUAUUACUGGUUUCUCGAUAAAACCAAUUAUAGUGAUUGACACUUCAAAUAAUAUGGACCAAACAAAAAGAGACACGCCAUCAAUUGUAGUAUUGCAUGGAUCUGUGUAUUUUACUGAAGCCAAGACCGCAGAACAAAUUCGCAUGACUCUUACAGAUUAUACACGUCUGAUUAUUCUCAUUAAUAAAUAUACUGGCAAACCGAGUGAAAGAUUAAGCACUAUAAAUAUGCAAAGAUCAACUUUUACAGAUGCUGUUCUCAUAGAAAUAACAGUAUANUCGACAAUAAAUGCUAAAUUGCAAGCAACGUUUUCGGCGACUUUUCUGAAGUUCAAUAUUUUAAUGAUGUCAGAUGGACCGAUCGAAUUGUCAGCUGCCGGAAGAAGACGAAGAAAACGACAAUUGAAUCGAUCAACACUUGUAAUCGUGAUUGGGAAUGCAUAUUUUACUGGAAGUGUGACAAAAGCGAAUAUUUACACAUCGUUUCAAGGCUAUACACUUAAUGUAGACGUUAAACGCACCGGUAACAGUAGAAGUUCAAGAAUCAGUUACUUCUCUGCUGAUCAUUCCAUAUUUGGUGACACAUCGCUAACAGACUUAAAUAGUGACGAAAUCGCUUAUUUGGCUCCUGUUUGUUAA